UCGAGUAGAGGUUAUAAGUGUGUUAUCUGUAGUUGUAAUUAUGUCUGCUAUUGCAGAAUUGCACUGCGAUUUUAUAUUGUACAUUACGCCUGAGAAAUUUUAUAUCGAAGCACUUAGUGGUGGAAAGGAGUUACUGGUUAUAGAUCGAGUGAGUCAGGAAAUUUCUUUGCAAGUGAAUCACAGUCAGAUCCCCCAAGCUUCCAGCACUAAGCCAAUAUGUGGGAUAGUAGGUACUCUUCAGUUAUUGGCUGGGCCAUAUCUUGUGAUAAUUACAAAGAAACAUAAAGUUGGAACCAUAAAUGGCCAAACCAUAUGGCAGGUUGCAGAAACAGAUGUGAUAUCAUACAAACGAACCUUGUUACAUUUAACUCAGAAACAGAUCUCACAAAAUGAGCUAUAUAUCUCAAUGGUUGAAAAUGUGCUGAAUACACCAUUUCUGUAUUUCUCAUACUCAUAUGAUAUCACACACACACUGCAAAGGUUGCACAACACCACACCAGAGUUCUUGCAGAUGCCUUACCAUGAACGAGCAGAUCUCCGAUUUGUUUGGAAUGGACACCUGCUCCGAGAAUUUGCAAAUCAGCCUGAAUUAUGCAGGUUCUGCUUACCGUUGUUACAUGGUUUUAUCUCAAUUAACCAGUGUUCACUAAAUGGCAAACCAUUCUUGUGGACAAUUGUGUCACGACGCUGUUGUUUCCGAGCCGGAACUCGGCUCUUUACCAGAGGCAUUGAUGUGCAGGGUAAUGUUGCCAACUUUGUUGAGACAGAACAAAUAGUGGAAUUCAGUGGAGACAGGAGUUCUUUUGUCCAGACGCGUGGGUCAAUACCUCUCUUCUGGAAUCAGCUUCCUAACCUCAAGUAUAAACCUAAGCCACACCUGAUUCAGAAUGAGAACCAUACAGAGGCUUUCUCAAGACAUUUUGACACACAAAUCUUCAAUUAUAGCAGGCAGGUCCUCAUCAAUCUGGUUGAUCACCAUGGAGCAGAAGGUAUACUGGAAAAAUCAUAUGGUGAAAUGGUGAACCAGAUGGGCAACUCAAACAUUAGGUAUGAGUCUUUUGACUUCCAUGCAGAAUGUAGGCAUUUACGAUGGGAUAGGCUGAGUAUCUUGAUUGACAGAUUGGCUCAUGAACAGGAUGAAUUUGGCUGUUUUCUGCUCACAAGGGAUGGAACUUUGGUUUCACUUCAGGAUGGGGUGUUCCGGACCAAUUGUAUUGACUGUCUUGAUCGAACCAAUGUAGUACAAAGCAUGUUGGCCAGACGGAGUUUGACGCAAGUAAUGCAGAAGCUAGGUAUCCUGAGGGCUGGACAGAGAGUGGAAGACCAGCCAUAUUUUGAGCCUCUCUUCAAAAGUGUAUGGGCAGACAAUGCAGAUGUUAUAAGCAUCCAGUAUUCUGGAACAGGCGCGCUCAAGACGGAUUUUACUCGGACUGGCAAACGUACUGUGUGGGGACUUAUUUCUGAUGGAAUGAACUCUUUCACCCGAUAUUGUAAGAAUAACUUUGCAGAUGGUUUUCGUCAGGACUCAAUUGACCUGGUCUUGGGCCGGUACAUGGUAGAGGAUGGAGAAGGGAUUACAAGGCCAUGUCCACUUGAUGUGGAGAAGGGGUGGAAGUAUAUUACUUUCCCAUGGAUUCUGGUGAUGGCCAUCUUCAUGUUCUUCGCAAAUGUUGUCACUCCGUCUGAAUAUACAACUGAAAGUCUGCUGUACCUGUUGUUCUGGGCAUCAAUGGUAGCAGUUACAGUUGCAACAAUCAUGAUCUACGGUACUGAGUUUGUAGAUUACCCCAAACUGUGUGAGAUACGGAAAACUUUUGCAACCAUAGAGUAGUAGUUUGAUCCAUGUGGCGCCUAUAUAAUGAAGACCUGUUUAACCUUAAGUUAGUGGAGAGUCCAGGAGGGUACAGCAGUUGAUAGUACAAAGGCGAGAAUGGAGCGUGAAUUGUGAAGACUAAUUGAGAGCAAAUUUGGACUAGGAAUGGAGAGUCCAGGAUUGUUCAGCAUGUUAAAGUACAAGGGCGAGAAUGGAGCGUGAAUUAUGAAGAUUAGUUGAGUACAGAUUAGGACAGAGGAGUACAGAGUGAUUGAAGACAACAAGCCUUCACAGUGACUUGAAGUGAUAGUGUCUGUGUUAAGAUCCGUUGCUAGGAGACAACUAGUGGAAAUAGAAUCCUAGUGCAUGUGCAGUGGUGAACUGUAAAUUAUGGAAACAGCAAUAGCACUAUAUUAAAUGUGAUUAAGAAACAUUGUAACCAAAGUGCUAAUAAAUCCAGUCAUCCAAA